AUAUUUCACAGCAUAGGUUCACACUUCUUCCUCUCUCUCCCGACAAAACACGGGCUCUCAUCUUUCGAGGGUUCUAUUUCAAUCCCCCUUCUCAAAAAUCCCCCAAAACUGAAAGUAUAUUGCUUCUCUCUCAACUCAUGUUCCCAACUUUAUACACACAUAUUUUAGGAUUGUCUUGAAAAUAAAUCUUUUUGGGAGUUUUUCAAGUGGAAGGUUUUAAAUUCUCUCCAAGCAAUUACUGAAGGAAUUUAACUGGGUGUUUAAAGUAUUCGAUUGUAUCGGGAAGCAGUAAAUGUACAGACUCUGAAUUGGUUUUUAGCAAGAUUAAUUUGAUCAGUUGGUCCUGUUGGAGUUGAAUGUUGCUGGGUGCUGCUUGAGAUUUACCAGAUUUAGUUUUUAAUUUCAUGAACAAGGCAAAUCUAGACAUACAUAGCAGAAUGGGUGAUGAUGCAUUUGAUGAAAAGUUACUGACCGAGAAACUCUCUAAACUCAAUAGUUCUCAGCAAAGCAUAGAGUCUCUAUCUCGGUGGUGCAUAUCUAACCGCAAAAAGGCCAAGCAAGUUGUCGAAACGUGGGAGAAACUAUUUAAUUCUGCACAACGAGAGCAACAAAUUUCUUUUUUAUAUUUAGCAAAUGACAUCCUGCAAAAUAGCAGGCGCAAGGGCAGUGAAUUUGUAAAUGAAUUCUGGAAGAUCCUUCCAGCAGCUCUGAAGAGUGUUUAUGAUCUUGGCCAUGAAAACUGCAGGAAGGUUGCUUCCAGACUGGUUAAUAUAUGGGAAGAAAGAAAAGUUUUUGGAUCGAGGGGCCAAAAUCUUAAAAAUGCGAUCUUGGGCAAGACGCCUCCUGUCACUGUCAGCAAUGUUAAGAAUUCAAAUCCUAUCAAGGUUGUGAAGAGAGAUAGCAACUCAUUAAGAAUUGUAAGUAUAAUCACAACAUUAUGGAUGGAAAAUUGUUCUAAUCACAGUAAUUUUGAUGUGGGUUAUCUCCUUUUUUUAAAAUUUUUAGGAAAUCUGCAGGGUUCUGAUUUGGUGGAUAAGAUACAGGAACAAGAGAACGCACUUCAACAGUGUGUUAGACAACUUGAAAAUGCUGAAGCAAUCAGAGUUGCACUGGUUUCCCAGCUUAAAGAAGCACUUGCAGAUCAAGAAACAAGGCUGGCGCUGAUACAGAGUGAGCUACAUGUUGGUCAGGGUCUAAUCGAGCAAGCAGCGAAUAUGAGGCAGCGGCUGGUCCCUGGUUUUUCGGUACCCGCUACUGCAAACCAACUUGUGGAAGCCAACGCUCCGAGGAUGGUUGAGCUCAAAUACCCGGCUACUCAGUCGACAAACUAUCCGCCAGUGCCUCCACCACCUACGCAUCCUUUGACAUCAUUUUCAACCUCUAAUCUCAGUGAAGAGGAGAGUAAGAAGGCAACAGUAGCUGCUGUCGCUGCAAAACUUGCUGCUUCAACAUCCUCUGCCCAGAUGUUAACUUCUGUUCUCUCAUCCCUUGUAGCUGAAGAGGCUGCUUCAAUGAGCAGUGGCUUGAAAUCUGCCGGGUUUCCGAAUUUGCCUAUUUUACCUCCCGAGAAAAGGCAGAAGCUAGAGAAGUCUACUCCAUUCUCUGACUUGGACAAUUCCGAUGCUGGUAAUUCUGCGUAUUUUUCUACUACACAGCAAGUAAUGGCUAAUAUGCCACCUAACAGCAUGCAAUCUGUAGCUCAAACUAACCGAAUGCAAGCUCCAUUCCUUCCACCUCUUCCACCUCCACCACCACUUGCACCUCCAUCUAAUUCUCCUGCAAGUCAAUUGGUCCAAUCGGCAAUGGUGGGGCCACCCUACCAGUAUGGUGCUGGAAACUUGUUACCUCCAUCUUUGCCUUCAAAUAUUGCUAUGGGCUUCGCCAGGCCUGGCCCUCCUCAGCAAGCGCAGCCGCAGCAGUUGCAGAACCAGCAACCUCAGCAGCAGCCGCCGCCGCCUCCAAAUGGUGGGUACUAUAGGCCUCCAGGUAUUGGAUUCUAUGGGCAGAGUCAUCAGCCAUCAACACCACCCGUGCCUAGACAGUAAGGUUCUUUUCAAAGAUUCCGGAUCCCUGUGUCAAUUUUGUACAUUAAGUACAUGUUUGGUAUAUAGUAGUGGACAAUGUCCCUACCAAACAUGCUAUAAUAGGAUACUUAUCUUUGGCAUGAGAACUUUUUACAUUACCUUUGUAAUAUACUGUUUUCACACCUAAAUGCUUCUCCAAGUCCCACCAACACCUUGUUUGACUACAUGAUUGGGUCCUCUGCACCCAACACAUACAGGGAAUUUGAAAAUAUCAUACUUGACUCUCUCUCUUUC